UACUCCGCACUUCCGGGAGCGCCGCGUGGGUCUUUUCCGUCUGUGAGCUGGCGGCAUGGCGGCCCUCACUGCCCCGGCCAAGCCGCUCCUGUCCCUGAACCCGCAGGAGGAUACCAAGUUUAAGAAGGAGGUGGCGCAGGUACGCCGGCGCGCAACCAAGCAACAGGAGAAACGAAAACUUACUCCCGGAGUAAUCUAUGUGGGCCACUUACCUCCAUCACUUUAUGAAACCCAGAUCCGAGCAUAUUUCUCCCAGUUUGGCACUGUUACGAGAUUCAGGCUGUCCAGGAGUAAAAAGACUGGAAAUAGCAAAGGCUAUGGCUUUGUGGAGUUUGAAUCUGAAGAUGUUGCCAAAAUAGCUGCUGAAACAAUGAACAACUACCUUUUUGGUGAAAGACUCCUGAAGUGUCAUGUUAUACCACCUGAAAAAGUACAUGAAGAACUUUUUAGAGAGUGGCACAUGCCCUUUAAAAGGCCGUCAUAUCCAGCAGUGAAACGGUACAAUCAGAAUCGGACGCUGCUUCAAAAGCUACGGAUGGAGGAGCGAUUUAAAAAGAAGGAAAAAUCUCUCAGGAAGAGGUUGGCUAAGAAGGGAAUUGAUUAUAAUUUCCCUUCAUUAGUCUUACAUAAAAAUGAGGAAAACACUUCAAACACUGGUCCUCAAAAUUCCAGAAAGCACCAGGCUUUACGUAAGAAGAAGAAAGCGGCUUCAGUCACUCCUAACACUCCUGAGAAGACUGUGGAUAGCCAGGGCCCCACACCAGUUUGUACACCAACAUUUUUGGAGAAACGAAAAUCUGAAGUGGCUAAAAUGAAUGAUGAUGAUAAAGAUAAUGAGAUAGUUUUCAAACAGCCCAUAUCUGAUGUAGAAGGAGAAACACAAGAGCCUCAAAUGCCUACAAGUUCAAGGAAAAAAAGACGAAGAAAAAGCAACCACUGAUUCUGAAUGUAUUGUGCAUAGUUCUUCUGAAAAAGGUGAUUUUAUUAUAGAGGCUGAUUCUUUGUAUUUAACUAGAUACAGUGGAAUGCAACCAGUAACUUGAUGGUGGAAGGGAAAAGCUGUCAAUUCAAGUCAGUAGGGAAAGCAGUCAGUGAUUUUGGCUUCCCCGCCCUCGCUGAAGUGCAGGGGGCACCCCAGCUUACUGCAGCCAGGCUCUCGAUGCCUGUGUCCUGUCUCUGCUGCUCUCUGCAGCUUUCAUAGCUGCCUUUAGUUACUCUGCCUUGAGUACUAAACUGUAGCCUUUGUUGUUGCCAUCAAAUAAAAUCUUGCUUGACCACGUACAUGGUUCUCUGUUAGACCAAGUACAUUUAACUCAUCAGAUGGCUGGAACUGGAGGUUAAAUCGUAUGGAGAGUGAGAAGGCCAUCUCAGUAUUAAUAGGGAUUCAUUUAUGUAUAUAUGAUCAUAUUUACGAAUGUUAAAUUAGUUUGGGGUGGGCUAGCAUGGAUUAAUUAAUAACUACAUCUUGUAUAAGGAUCAUCAAUCUGAAAUUAGAUUUCAAGAUUCAAGCAGUGACCACCAAAUAAACUUUUUCUUUAUUUUUUGGUAUGCAAGGGGAACUUGAGUGUCUUGAAGUACAAUUGUUGGUUUUUGCCUUUAUAACUGUCUUUAAGUUUCUGACGCCCUUGAAACGUGCUUUUGUAUCAGCUAAUUCAGGUUCAUUAAAAACAUUCAUUGCCACCAAACAUUUUUUGUUAAAUACUUACUAUGAUAAGAUACUGAGCUGGGUGAAUUGGUUUUACGUAUAUACAAAGAGCAUGUUUUACCUCUGGAAUAGUCCCUGACGCAUAGAAUAUGUUCACUGUGUAUUCACUGAAUUGCAUGAGUAACAGAACUGCGUCCCUUUUUGAACCAUCUGAACUUGUGGAUCUGGAAGUCCAUCUGGUUUCCCCAUCUGGGAAAGCACCAGAUAAGCUGAUUGGUGCAGCCUGUCAGGUUUUGGAUAUUUCUCUGUUCCCGACCACCCCACUGCAACAUGGUACCAUUCAUCAUCACCUCAUGUGUACUGUGCCCCGGAUUCAGCUAAAGAAUAUUUUCCUGGGGACUAGAUUAGGAUCUUCAGAAGAAGUAGCGUGGGUUUGAUUUUCACAUUUUGUAGGGAGAAAAUCAGGAAUCCAGUGGAAGCCCCCGGACCCAUAAAAUACGAAGCUUUGCAGUACGUGGUGUAAAUAAGGUGGAAAGAGUGUACAAUUCAAAACUGUACUGUCAGUAUGACCACAACUGUGUAAAAUUACAUUCUUUUUUAAGUGGGACGUUAAACAUCAGAAUUCUAAUUUGGAAACAAGUGUGUGUUGCUUCUAUAUAUAAUCAUUACACAAAGCUGUAAUGGAAAAGGGCAUUAUUCCACAGACAAGGGUCAGUUGAAGCCAGACUUUUCACAUGCUGCAUAUUUGCCCUGAGACAGGGCAGCAAGUGAAUAAACACUUAACACGGUGUGAAAAGAGGUUUUCUCUUGGUAGCAUUAUUUGGAAUACAGUACAGCCAUAUCCAAGGCAACUGAUUGCUGUGACUGGAAAUUGUCACCCUGGCUGACCGAUCACAUGCUAGUAUGAACCCCAGUCUCACUGCGAUACAGCAAAGGCUAUUCAAAGACAGACACAAGGCAGGCGAGGUAGGGCAGCUGUCCCCGCACAGUGGCUGUGAUGCCAAUGGCUGCUUUCCUUAGCCCACAACUGUGAUACAUGUGUGUAAAUACUUCUGCACUUUCUGUAGGCAGAAAUAAUGAUGUGGCCAAAACCUCUAACUAUGUUGUGGGUCAUCCUGUGGACCACAAGGCAAUCAACUGUCCUGUGGUCCAAGUCCUGCUUCAGGGUUUUGUUUUACGUUCUUUAUGGUUGAAAAAAAUCAAGAGGUAUAUUUCAGGGAGUUCCCUGGUGGCCUAGUGGUUAGGAUCGCAGGCUUUCACUGCUGUGACCCAGGUUCAAUCCCUGGUCAGGGAACUGAGAUACCACAAGGCAUGUGGUACAACCAAAAAAUAAAUAAAUUUCAUGGCACGUGAAAAUUCUAUGAAAUGUAAAUUUCAGUGUUCAUGAAUAAAGAUUUAUUG